GACGAGUUGUUCCAGCUAGUCACAGACCAGGGUUUUCUGACUGAGAGUAAAGUUGUGUGGGAAACACUAAACAACGUUGAGGGAGAUGGCCACUUUGUAGAUGCCAACUUUGUUACAGUGCCACCUAAAGCAGCAGAACCUGUGAAAGUUGACUCGGAUCUUACCCCAGAACAGCAAGCAGACCAAGACUACUUGGUGGCUCUGACAAUGCAGGAGGAGCAACAGAAACAGGAUGAACAACGAAGGAUAUGGGAGGAAUAUAAACAGAAAAAUCUUGGAGGAAAUGAUUCUAUGACAGAUGAGGAGCUUGCUCGACGAUUGCAGGAAGAAGAGAACAGGUAUGCUGCUGCUGCUGCUACUGAGACACAAAACCCGAGACGACAGAGUGGAACUGGCAGUAACAGCUCCAAUAAAAGCAAAAAUAGAGAUUGUGCCCUUCUGUGAAAGUAAACAAUCACACAACACAGCAGCCUUUCAAACACUUUGUGGGAUCAAUUGUGUUGAAAUUGACUCAACUUGUGUAUUGUCUUCGGAGUACUCUGUUGUAUUGGGACAGAAGAGAAAUGUACGUCUUUCAACACGUGGAUUCACCCAGUAACAUGAGUGUUUUUUUAUUUUAAUUUUGUAAACUUAAGAUGUGUUUUGCAGAUAAAAAACAUAGAAAUAGAGAAAAGAAGGUUUCUUUGUUUUAUAACUUUAAAAAAUAAUAUUCAAGUUUUGUGUAAUAUGGUAAUUGAAUUAAUUUAUAGAAUUGGGAGUUUCCCCACCUUCAAGUAUGAAGUUUAGAUGUAACUGUGAACAGUACGUACCUAUAUUUAUGUUUUGUGAUACGUUUAGAUAUAUUGAGAAGUGUAAGACUAUUUUGUGUUUCCUUACUUAAUAGUUUUCAGGCAUCAGUUACGAUACUAUUGUAUUUCCUUUGAGCUGGAAAGAAAUAAAAACAAAAUAUACUGUCGUCAAAAGAAAGUUUUUUUUAAAAUUUCUAAUUUUUGUAUUACUUUAAAAUAUUGAUUGAUUAUUCUUUCGUUCAGAUUUCUGUUAGAACAGACUUGCAUCAAGAUCAUUGCUUAAUUUUCAACCUCUUUAUGUAGCACGUGGUCCAUAAAAGUUUGAUAGUUUCUUUAGAGCAAGUUUUGGAAGUGAAAAUGAAGGCUGAUGUUUUAAAUUUUGUUGCAAUUUGGCUAAUCCAGUUUGACAGUUUGGGGCCAAAUUUGAGAAUCCUGUAGCGAAGACAAACAAAGGAAGACUGGCACAAGUCGUUCAAAUUUCAAAAUUUAAUUUUUUUCUUAGAAUGUUAUUGUUAUACAUAUAUAAACAACAAAAGAAAAUACUGUCACAGAAAACUCUUCAUUUAUCUGUGUUCACUAAUACUAUAAGUUGGUAAUUUGUAGAAAAAAGUUAAAAACUGAAUUUCAUGAUGUGAUGCCAUGUGAAGUAGUUGUAACAUAAUAUUUGAUUUAUAUCAUAAAAACACUCCAUAAUUUAGUUCAGUAUGUCUGUGUGUUGCCAUAUCCUAUUGCUGUGAUAAGUUGAUGUAACUUGAAAGUGGCUAAAAGGAUAACAACAGUUCUAAUGAAGGUUACUACUUUAGUUUUACUUCUUUUACUGACUUUUCUUUUACUUUAUUCAAUGUCACAACUUUUUUUUGCACUUGCACCACAAAACCGUUUAUCCAUUUUUAUCCUUCUGGUUAACACAUGAGGGGAUUCGUUCACGACUGCAGGGAAGGCUGAGAUGUCGUGUUACUCUACUUCUUCUUACUACGAUUACACAAGCAAGAAACAGAACUUUAAGUGUGCAUUACGUGAUUUAUAAUUUGUUAUAUUAUUCUCUUGUAAAAUGUACAGUUUGGGAGCAACUCUACUAACGAUAGUUUAACCCUUGGUUACGUGUACAAGUACCUUACACAAAUAACAUGGGGCAGUUGUGGGAGUGUAAUGAAGCAAUAAACAGAGCUUUAAGUGUGCAUUACGUGAUUUAUAAUUUGUUAUAUUAUUCUCUUGUAAAAUGUACGGUUUGGGAGCAACUCUACUAACGAUAGUUUAACCCUUGGUUACGUGUACAAGUACCUUACAUAAAUAACAUGGGGCAGUUGUGGGAGUGUAAUGAAGCAAGAAACAGAGCUUUAAGUGUGUCUAUGUGCUGGUGCAUUACAUGAUUUAUAAUUUGUUAUAUUAUUCUCUUGUAAAAUGUACGGUUUGGGAGCAACUCUACUAACAAUAGUUUAACCCUUGGUUACAUGUACAAGUACCUUACAUAAAUAACAUGGGGCAGUUGUGGGAGUGUAAUGAACCAGAACACUGGGAACAUAUAAGUUCACUGGUAUAUGUUACAGUACACGUAUCCUGACAGCUUUAAAUCAAAUUAUGCUAGUUUCUUUGUGAAACUGUGAUGUUUUUCACGAUGGUAAUGUGCUUUGAUGGAGGCCAUAAAGAAACUUCAGAAUGUAUAGCUAUAAAUAAGUUUUAUGAAAUUGGUCAUUUAGUUAGCUUCUGGCUUAGUGGUAAUAGUAUUAUGUUCAACAGAAUUUGGUUUUGUAAAGGAUGGCUGGUAGUUAAACACUGUAUAUUAGUGAAUUAAUUCCAAGUUCAAGAAAGCUAUGUUCAGACUUUUUUUUAUCCAGGAUUGUACUGAGAAUAGUCUGGGGUUGCACGGGAACCUUUGAAGAACAUUAAAAAUAGGAGGGCAAUCUUGGUGAGUUUCCAAUAUAUUCCACUAGCUAGCAGUCAAUAAUUGCAUAUUGUUGCCUCACCAUUGAAUACAAGUGGCAGCUUCUCUUAAAGCCGUGAGACACCCCUCAAAGUAUAAAAUGUAUUUCCUUACCCAAGCCUGUAAGGAAAUUGUAUGGACUUUGGGAUAUAUUGGUGGCUCGAAGUUGUGAUUCGGGGUACACGUCAUAAAAAGGUUGGGAACCAAUGCUCUAAGAUACACCAUGUUAAAGUGAUGACUUUGGGCAUUCUAAUUAUCAAAACAGAAUCUGCUUAGAUUCAGAUUAUGUAUUAGUAUUUCUUUCAAUGAGAUACUCUUUAUACCCACUUACAUAGACUGAAACUCGGGUAAGUCCAAAGUAUACAUAAUCCUGCUUUUGAAGUGUGAAAUGAACUUAUUGGGUUAGAGCACUCUUUGUUUAUUUUUCUAAUCUUGAGCUGUUGUGAACUGUCUACAUACUUAGAAUAAUAGGACAGUGGGUGAAAACUUGGGUCGUAGGUUUGUUUUAAUCUCGUUUUAACAGUUACAGCCCAUUGUAUUAGAAUUGAAAAUAUGGUCUUUUCUUGUGACUAACUUUUCCUUAUUUUUGACACUGCGUGCCUGACAUUAUAAGAAUAUUGUAGCGAGAGUGAAAAAGUUAAUAUGGUAACUGUUUCCAGUUUCUCCUAUCUGUUAUGUGGAUAACACAGCUUUAUAAAAUGAGUAAAUUAUUGGAUGAACUGAUGUUUAUUAUUUGUAGCUGGUUACUACGAUAUAAAAAUUAAUUAUUAAUAAAACAAAUUGUUGUUGCCAACUUUUAAGGAGUCUAAAACAAAUAUUAAUAAG